AAAGAAUUCCUCCAAAUCUCCGCCCGCACUGACGCUCCAAGGUCAGGCGAUUUCUCCUUGCUUCAGAUUUCUCUACUAUGGUACUAGUACUGAUUCUGGGACAGUAUCUUUCACUGGACUAAGGACAGUGUAGAGAAUUGAUUUAGCCAAUACUUACUAGGCCUGAUGGGGAGCAGAGAUGGCAGUGGCGGCGGCUGCGCAGAGAGCCAGGGCUAUGCUGCGGACAUCCACUCCAUCAGGGAGGCGCAGGCUCGCAUCGCACUAUACGUGCACAAGACGCCCGUUCUUUCGUCGUCAUCGAUCGACGCCGUAGCGGGGAAGCAGCUGUUCUUCAAGUGCGAGUGCUUCCAGAAGGCAGGGGCGUUCAAGAUCCGAGGCGCUUCCAAUGCGAUAUUUGCGCUUGAUGGUGAUGAGGCAUCUAAGGGCGUUGUGACGCAUAGCAGUGGGAACCAUGCCGCUGCAGUGGCUCUUGCUGCAAAGCUGCGCGGCAUACCUGCUUACAUUGUCAUUCCAAGAAAUGCACCGGCAUGUAAGGUUGACAAUGUUAAGCGGUACGGUGGCCAUAUUAUCUGGAGUGAUGCCUCCAUUGAAUCAAGAGAGUCUGUUGCUAAAAGAGUCCAAAAGGAGACUGGUGCUAUUCUUAUUCACCCAUUCAAUAAUAAAUACACUAUCAGUGGUCAAGGUACAGUGUCUCUUGAACUUUUGGAGGAAAUCCCUGAAAUUGAUACAAUAAUUGUUCCAAUCAGUGGUGGUGGUUUAAUUUCUGGUGUGGCACUUGCUGCCAAGACUAUAAACCCUUCAAUACGUAUUCUGGCAGCAGAACCAAAGGGUGCUGAUGAUUCUGCCCAGUCCAAGGCUGCUGGAAAGAUCAUCACAUUGCCUUCAACCAAUACCAUUGCUGAUGGACUUCGAGCUUUUCUUGGCGACUUGACAUGGCCAGUUGUACGCGACUUGGUGGAUGGUAUCAUAGUUGUGGAUGACAAUGCCAUUGUGGACGCUAUGAAAAUGUGCUACGAGAUGCUGAAGGUGGCUGUUGAGCCGAGCGGAGCAAUAGGCCUCGCAGCCGCCCUCUCGGACGAGUUUAAGCAAAGCUCUGCCUGGCAUGAGAGCAGCAAGAUAGGGAUCGUUAUUUCCGGAGGCAAUGUUGACCUUGGUGUCCUUUGGGAGUCUCUCUACAAACGUUGAUCGGUCGGUCCCGUUUGUAACACUGAAAUUUGUACCUGAAUUUGAAUAGACGAGUCUACCAGUAGCUGUAAACCUGUAAAUGCAUCGAUUCUUUUCAGGAAAUUAUUCUGUUUGUUGAAUUACUCGGUGCAAGAUCAUUUUACAUUGUCAGUGACUUC